AUGCUACCCUCGAACAGGUGGUACCUGGAUGUGGUGAGGGAUGCGGAGCUGGCAGACUAUGGCCCGGUGCGGGGCACCAUGGUCAUCAGACCUUACGGCUAUGCCAUAUGGGAAGGCAUACAGUCGUACCUGGACUCGCGGUUCAAGGAGCUGGGCGUGCAGAACGCGUACUUCCCGCAGCUCAUCCCGCUCUCCUUCCUGCAGAAGGAGGCCGAUCACGUGGAAGGAUUUGCGCCAGAGCUGGCCUUGGUGACCAAGGGGGGUGGCAAGGAUCUGGAGGAGCCGCUGGUGGUACGGCCGACGUCUGAGACGAUGGUGAACCACAUGCUGGCGCAGUGGAUCCAGUCGUACCGCGACCUCCCCAUGCUGCUCAACCAGUGGGCCAACGUGCACCGCUGGGAGCUGCGCACGCGCCCCUUCAUCCGCACCCUCGAAUUCCUCUGGCAGGAGGGCCACACCGCCCAUGCCACUGCUGAGGAGGCGAAGGCCAUGGCCCAGCAGAUGGUGGAGGUUUAUGCUGACUUUGCAAUCAAUUGUGCAGCCAUGCCAGUCAUUCCAGGCCGGAAGUCAAGGAUAGAGUCAUUUGCUGGAGCCAAUGUGACCCUCACCAUUGAGGCUAUGAUGGGAGACAGACGAGCCCUGCAGGCGGGCACGAGCCAUGAUCUUGGCGACAAUUUUGCGCGGGCGUUUGGGACUCAGUUCCUGGACGAGUCUGGUGAGCUGGUGCACCCGCAGCAGACAAGCUGGGGUGCCAGCACACGCCUCAUUGGCGGCAUCAUCAUGACACACGGAGAUGACAUGGGGCUUCGACUGCCACCAAGACUCGCACCCAUUCAGGUGGUGAUCGUGCCCAUCCUGAAGAAGAACACAGACACAGAGGCGGUGCUGGCAGCUGCAGACGCCCUGGCCGAGGCAGCCAAGGCUGCAGGCCUGCGCGCCAAGGUGGAUGCCGGAACGGAGAAGACCCCCGGCUUCAAGUUCUCCUACUGGGAGAUGAAGGGGGUGCCGGUGCGCAUAGAGGUGGGGCCGCGUGACGUGGCGCAGGGGACGUGUGUGGCGGCGAGGCGGGACCGGCCCGGCAAGGAGGGCAAGCAGUUUGGCAUCCCCCUGGAGCCCGCUGGCUUCGUGGCCAGCAUGCGCCAGCUGCUGGAUGAUGUGCACGAUGGCCUCCUUGCGGAAGCAACUGCGUUCCGUGACGCCAACAUUGUCGAUGUUGAGUCAUAUGAUAAUCUCAAGGCGGCGAUCGAGGCUGGCAAGUGGGCAAGAGGGCGUUGGGCAGGGUCCGAUGAGGAUGAGAAGCGGAUCAAGGAGGAGACGACUGCCACACUGCGGUGUAUUCCCUUUGAUCAGCCUGGCGGCUCCGGCCCAUGCUUCCUGACAGGAGCAGACGCGGCCGAGGUGGCCAUAUUUGCCAAGGCAUAUUGA